AAAGAGUAUUUGGAUAAGGAAGAUAAUAUUCCACUAAAUAUUGCUGUCACGGGAGAGGCAGGCACUGGUAAAUCUUCCUUUGUUAAUGCAUUCAGAGGCAUGGAUGAUGGGGAUGAGAGAGCCGCCCCUACUGGUGUUACAGAAACCACCUCAGAGCCUACACCAUACCCCCAUCCAAACUUUCCCAGUGUUACACUCUGGGAUCUUCCUGGUGUUGGCACCACCAAGUUUCCAGCUAAGGAGUACCUGAAGCUUGUUGGAUUUGAAAGGUUUGACUUCUUCAUCAUCAUCUCAGACACUCGCUUCAGAGAACAUGAUGUGAAGCUCGCUCAGGAGAUUAAAAAGAUGAAGAAAGAGUUCUACUUUGUUCGCUCAAAGAUUGACAUUGACAUACGUAAUGAGGAAAGAAAACAGAAGUCAGAGUUCAAUAAAGAAAGGACUCUUGAAAAAAUCAGGGAGAACUGCAUUCAAGGUAAGUGACUUCUGUGAUGACACAGCAGUGAGAUUAAUGUCAGUCAUCAAAAACA